GCCUUUUGCCGCGACAUCUUAUAUGGCAUUCGGUUCAUGAAUACGGCAGUAUACACUUUGCUUUUACAACAGACCUUCGCCGGAUUCGCCAUUGCGUUGCUUCACGAGAGUGUAUAUCACAAUACCAAUCAACAUCAUAUGACGAAUACAACUCGACGAAAAGCGAAAAUAAAUUACUGGAAACUGCGACUGACUCGGUCGAAGCUCUUCGAACGACUCUCACAGGAACUGAACCCACCAUGAAAGCCGUGCGCUACCACGGACGGGGCGACAUCAGGGUAGACGAGAUUGAGGAGCCGACAUGCGGGAAGGGACAGGUUAAGAUGCGACCUGCCUUCGUCGGAAUCUGUGGCAGUGACUUACACGAAUACAUGGGCGGACCAGUCCUGAUACCUCAAAAACCGCACAAGAUCACCGGAGCCACGCACCCAGUGACCCUGGGCCACGAAUUCGGCGGGGUCAUUGAAGAGGUCGGCGAGGGCGUAACCCACGUCUCGCCAGGACAGCGAGCCGUCGUGCGGCCCACCAUCUUCGACAAAGAGUGUAGGUCCUGCAAACUCGGCUACGAAUACUGCUGCGAGAACAUCGGCUUCAUCGGACUAUCAGGGUACGGCGGCGGCCUAGCCAACUACAUCGUCGCGCCGGCCGAACACUUCUACCCGCUGCCGGAUACCAUCUCCCUCGAAGCGGCGGCCCUGAUUGAGCCCCUGGCGGUCGCGUGGCACGCCGUGAACAUAUCCCCCUUCAAGCCCGGCGACAGCGUCCUGGUCCUCGGCGGCGGGCCCGUGGGGAUCGGGAUCGUGCAGAUCCUCAAGAUGCAGGGGGCGCAGAACAUCCUGGUCGCCGAACUGAUGGCGAACCGCCAACGACUCGCGCGGGACUACGGCGCCGCGCACAUCGUGGACCCGCGCGAGGAAGGAUGCAGUACAGCCGCGCGCGUCCGCGAGCUGACGGGGGGCAUCGGUGCGGAUGUCAUCUUCGAUACUGCGGGGGUGGAGGCGGCGCUCAACGAGGCGAUCGGCGCCUGUCGCACCCACGGCACGAUUGUGAAUAUCGCGGUCUGGGAGAAGCGGCCCGCCUUGCGGGUGAAUGAUUUGAUGUAUAGCGAGCUGAAGUAUACGGGGUCGGCGUUGUAUGAUGAGAGUGCGUUUGUUAACGUGAUUCAGGCGCUGAAUCAUGGCCAAUUGAACCCGGAGAAGAUGAUCACCGCAAAGAUCGGGUUGGAUGAUGUGGUGGAGAAGGGGUUUGAGGAGCUGGUCAAUCAUCGGGAUGCGCACUGCAAGAUUCUGGUUGAUGUGCAGGCAUAGAGCUUGGGAUGGUGUUGCUAUUGACUCACUAACGACGAUACGAGUUUCGUGUUGCUUUUGUGUAUGAUAUUGUUGAAUAUGCGCCAUUGCCAUUGCAUGAUACUGCGGUACUCGCCGGCUCUGUAAGAAUUCGAUAAAUAUCACUGCUACGUACCA